AGAUCGACGUUUUUUUAUGGGUUAGAAGAUUUCUUGUUUAUAUGAAUUGAUGUUAUCAUUUCGGUUUGUAUUUGCUUCGGUUUCUCUUCCGUUCUUUAUAGUUUUAAGGGUUACUUGAACGUCUGUUUGUUGUUGAUAUGUUUUUUUUUGCAAUGUAAAACUCUUUUUUCCAAGUGUACAUUAAAUUUCAUUUGCCAGUCGCGAGACUGUGUGUAAUAAUUCGUCAUGCUGGCCGCAUUUGAACCCGCAUAGCUCGCUGCCGCAGUCUGCGUCUCUGGGUUUUGGUGUUCAGUUGGUGUUCGGGAUUCGGGGCGGGGUCCGGGGUCCGGGGAUUUUACUCGAGCCGAGCCGGGCCGGGCCAUUCCCAAUGUUUUUCGUACCCCCAACCCACCCCCAGCCCCAACACCGCCCCUAAUUUGCGAGGCAGCGGCGGAAAGAUAAUGCCCGCUUCUCUUAGCUGCGCUCUUAGUUUUCUUGCCGGAUUCGAUCGCUCUCUGCGGCGGCUCGGCUUCGGCUUCAAGUGGAUUUUACAGUUAUAUAGUAUUGUAGAGAAAGAGAUAUAUUGUAUCUUAUGGAUACGGCUGGCACAAAUACUUUUCGCCACUGGCGACGCCGCUUUUUCGUACAUUUUUCUUUUUCUCUUUUAAUAUUAUAUAUAUUUGAUUAUUUGAUUUGUGAAUCACGGCAAACAGACAGUUGUUGAGGUUGAGUUGUGGAUAAAUGGGUGUGAGUUUGCUGGAAAAUUAGAGAUACAGCUCAGUUGCUGCUGGAAGAUGUAGGUGUCUGUUCGUCCGCUUUUCCCCUUCCUGUUUAUCUGCGGUAAUAUUUUAAUCUGCACUCGAGAUUUCUUUUAGAAUAUAAUUUAGCGUUAUGCCAGAAAAUUGCGAUUAGAUUCCCUCGCUGUCAUGCCGCUGGGGUUGAUAGUUUAAUAACUUCCCCCGAUGAAUGAAUUCUUGUUAUUGCGGGUUCCUGUUAUCAUUCUAGAUUUGCUACCAUGUUUUAGAGCCGUACAGUAUUUUAGUUUCGAGCAGUUGAACGCCUCCGCUUAAAAAUUGAAUGCCGUGUUUAUGUGGAAUGCUAGUUUCUUCCUAAACAUAUGUGUUUGCUGAUAAGGAUUUCCAUAGCAGGACACAAAGGACCGCUUAUCGCGGUGGUGCACGAUAAAGUUAGCCAGCAUAGACCAGCACCCCUUUCUUCGGCCUUAUCGUCCCUGCAAAUGCUUGACAAUAAAUUAGAUUUUGUGCAAAUUCUCCCGUCCGAUCGAUCCACUCAAUGGUGUCCGUCCGCCAUGAUGGUGCAUAAAGUGGAAAGAAUCCGAACACCGGACGAGAACUAUACUUUACCUCGGGCAAAUCGCAAGUUCGUGUGA